AAAGACACCUUUAUUGAUGACAAGACAAGUAUAAAUAGGCUGAUCUAUUAAGGACUGGCCACAGUCAGAAGUGGGCGGCGAACACUAUGGAUGUAUCGGCGACAGCAAGUUUUCUUCUUGUGCUUUUAGCAGUGGACGCUGCCUUUGGACAUGAUACUGCGUCGUCACAAAUAAAGAGAGACUCAGCCCCACCACAAUGGAAACGAGACUCAGCCCCGCCACAAUGGAAACGAGACUCAGCCCCGCCACAAUGGAAACGAGACUCAGCCCCACCACAAUGGAAACGAGACUCAGCCCCGCCACAGUGGAAACGAGACUCAGCUCCUCCACAAUGGAAACGAGACUCAGCCCCGCCACAAUGGAAACGAGACUCAGCCCCGCCACAAUGGAAACGAGACUCAGCCGCGCCACAAUGGAAACGAGACUCAGCCCCGCCACAAUGGAAACGAGACUCAGCCCCGCCACAAUGGAAAAGAGACUCAGCCCCGCCACAAUGGAAACGAGACUCAGCCCCGCCACAAUGGAAACGAGACUCAGCCCCGCCACAAUGGAAACGAGACUCAGCCGCGCCACAAUGGAAACGAGACUCAGCCCCGCCACAAGGGAAACGAGACUCAGCCCUGCCACAACGGAAACGAGACUCAGCCCCGCCACAAUGGAAACGAGACUCAGCCCCGCCACAAUGGAAACGAGACUCAGCCCCACCACAAUGGAAACGAGACUCAGCCCCGCCACAAUGGAAACGAGACUCAGCCCCGCCACAAUGGAAACGAGACUCAGCCGCGCCACAAUGGAAACGAGACUCAGCCCCGCCACAAUGGAAACGAGACUCAGCUGCGCCACAAUGGAAACGAGACUCAGCCCCGCCACAAUGGAAACGAGACUCAGCCCUGCCACAACGAAAACGAGACUCAGCCCCGCCACAAUGGAAACGAGACUCAGCCCCGCCACAAUGGAAACGAGACUCAGCCCCACCACAAUGGAAACGAGACUCAGCCCCGCCACAAUGGAAACGAGACUCAGCCCCGCCACAAUGGAAACGAGACUCAGCCCCGCCACAAUGGAAACGAGACUCAGCCCCGCCACAAUGGAAACGAGACUCAGCCCCGCCACAAUGGAAACGAGACUCAGCCCCGCCACAAUGGAAACGAGACUCAGCCCCGCCACAAUGGAAACGGGAAUCAGCCAAAUCAAAGAGAGUUUAAGCCUUGUAGCAAAGAGACUACUCAAAGUAACAAAGAAAAAAAACGGUUGUUUGAAGUAGAGAUUUUGUUAAUUUGACACUUUUUCUUUUGACGGAAAAUGAAAAAAAAAUGACAUGGCAUUAGGUCUUUUUAAGAAAUAACCGCCUGGGACAUUUGUUUAUAAAACAGUAAAGUUAACAGAAUACAUAGAACAGUAAAUAAGCACUAUAAAUAAUAAAUAUUUAUAUUUGGAAAA